UUGACGCCUGCACCACUGGGUUGAUAUCUAAUUACGAACCUUAUCAUCCAAAGUGGUCUUUGUUUUAUUCAUCCAUAGAUUCUUUUUCGAAGAUGGAUUUACGCCACGCUGAGUUGCUAAGCCACUGAAACGGUUGUGCUCCAACUAAAGACUGGUAAUUUUCAUUACAGCUGACUGGAUAGACGUGUUUUCUGGACUUGCAAAAAGACGUGUUUGCAGGACUUGUUUUCUGGACUUGCACUCUGGCCGUUCUCUAUUUCCAUGUUUUAUUGUGAUAUAAUGGAGAAGGCAACUUUUUCGAUAAUAUGAUUUCAAUGUGGAUAUAAGAGGACGAUCGUUAAUUAUUGAUUUGGUAAUCAAACACAAGAACUCGAUGUCUCUCGGAAAUUAAUGAUGCAUUGAAGACUGACAAUUUAUACUGAAAACGUUCUCCACGGAAAGCUCUCGGGGCCGUCGAUUUAAAGAUUUCAAACUUUCUUUGUGAGCAAACUGAUUUGGGAUUCAUUUCCAACAUAUCUCAGGAUGGUCCAUUCAAACAUUACAGCAGACACUGAAGAAAUUCUGUUGAUAAGAUUCGAGCCAUGGAACCAUACAACUCACUCAAACGAAACAACUGUGGGAUCCGACCCUACCCCACCGGGUCUGCCGAUGGUGGCCCCUUCCUACAUAGCUCUUUUCUCAACCCUGUUUUGUGUUGUUGGCACGGUAGGCAUCCUUGGGAACCUCAUGGUUGUAUACAUCAUCCUGGCAGACAGGAAGAUGAGGAAGUCGGUUACGAAUAUGCUCAUCCUGAACCUUGCUCUAGCUGACUCCCUCAUCAUGUUAUGUGGCAUCCCUGAGAUUGUUCUGUUUAUGAUCAACAAAGGUUGGCUUCUGGGACUGGUGAUGUGUAAGUUCCAGCGGACAGUUCUUGUAUGUGCGCUGUACACAUCGGUGCUUACCUUGGUAGCUGUCUGCAUUGAAAGGUACAUUGCCAUCGUGUUUCCGAUCAAGGCCCACAUCGUGUGCACCAAGCGGCGCAUUUUCGUCGUCAUCAUCAUUGUGUGGUUCUUCUCCCUGGUGUGCGGCACCCCAACAGCAUUGUUCAACUCCGUUCACCUAGUUGCUCCAGGGAAAUAUUUUUGCUACACCCACUUCCCUGGCAACAACAGCAUUGAAUACUUGAAAGCUUACAAAUACACAGAGUCAGCACUUUUCUAUUUCGGACCGCUAACCAUCCAAUUAGUAUGUUACAUCGUCAUAGGCAAGAGGUUAUUUGUUGGCGUCGAGAAACUUCACCGAAAUGUGAACAGAAAUCGAAAUGAACGAGGUGGUGGACGCACGUCCGAAGCAAUCAAAGCGAGAAAAGGCGUCGUUAAAAUGCUAAUUGCUAGUGUGGUAAUAUACUUCCUUAGCUAUUCCCCUCAUCAAGUAUUAAUGUUCUAUAACACUUUCUCUUCGCAGCGUUUUGAGGAGUCCUGGGUGUAUGUUGUGUUCGUUACCACCCUAGGGUACAUCAACUCGGCCGCCAAUCCUCUCCUGUACUGUGUUUUCAGCGAGAACUUCAGAAAGAAGUUCCAAUAUUUACUUCAUUGUUGUGGAUGCUGUCACGAAGACUACGAACGCCAAAGAACAAUAAGUAUGACAUCCUACACGGAAUACACAACCCUGUUCAAGAAGUCUACCCGGCGGCCAAACAACCUGAGCUCAGUCUAAAUCUAAUUCAUCAUACGCUAAUAUUCAUUCUAAGCUUAAUGAUGUGUACUUGUAUACUGGGCACAGUUUUUGCUUUCAUUGCGACUGAUGUGUUGUGUGCAUGUGUGUAACAUUUGCAAUGUGCAAACGAUGAUUUUAUCUUCGCUGAAACGUUUCUUGUCUUUU